GAGCGCGUCGUCUGGGGGCGUUUCACCGGGACUGCCCGGUUGUGUCCGGGGUAAGAUGGCGAUGGAAGAGCAGUGCUCGGCACCAUCUCGAUGGCGGUCCAUAUCCCUGACACACGUCGAGUUCCCGGAGGGCGAUCUGACUGGACAUGUGCUGGCCUACUUCAGUCUCUUACCCAUCGCAAUCCUGGUGGGUUUCGUUACACUCAUCGUGUUUAAACGAGAGCUGCACACGAUUUCCUUCUUUGGUGGCGUAAUCCUGAAUGAGGCGGUGAACUGGGUGUUGAAGCACAUUCUCAGAGAGCCGCGCCCAUGCGCAGGAACUCAUACCACCCUACACACAGAGUAUGGGAUGCCCUCCAGUCACUCCCAGCUUAUGUGGUUCUUUGUUGUUUACUUCUUUCUUUUCCUUUAUUUAAGAAUGCAUCAAACGAACAAUGCUCGAUGCGUGGAUCUGUUGUGGAGACACAUACUGUCAAUCAUCCUGUUGGGCAUGGCCUUAUCGGUGUCAUACAGCAGGGUCUACCUGCUGUAUCACAGCUGGAGCCAGGUCUUCUAUGGCGGAGUGGCCGGAUGUACGAUUGCCAUUAUCUGGUUCUUUAUCACACAAGAGAUGCUGACACCAUUAUUCCCCAAAAUAGCAGCGUGGCCAAUAUCAGAGUACUUCCUGGUGCGAGACACAAGUCUGAUUCCCAACAUCUUGUGGUUUGAGUAUACUGUGACCAGGUCAGAGGCAAGGAACAGACAACGAAAGCUUGGAACAAAACUUCAGUGAUCUACACGGUUCUUCUGUGACACACACACCCACAUAUAUAUAUAUAACAAAUGCUUACAUGACUAAAACACACUGGAGAACCAUCUUUUGGACUGACGUGGUUGUAAGGAGUAAAGGGCAAAAACCGUUUACAGCUGGCGACAGAGUGCCUGGACUCGGCCUGCAGCCUGAGCGAGUCCGUCCACGCGCCUCUCCUCCUUGUACAGCUUGCCCCCCCCCCCCCCCCCCCCCUCCCGAUGCUCCUGCAAUGCAUGCGAGACUGUGCUAGCGGCACACUAUUUAAUGAUAGAUUAAUAUAUACAUAUAUAUAUUUGAACUAUAACCGCACGCUGACGAUAACAACGUACCGUAGGAGACUCAAAGAGCUGAAAGAGGAGGCGUAGGUCCCGUUCCUAACAAAUCGGUGGGCGCAUUGCAGCAUGCAUUCAGUGAUUCCUUUUUUUAAAACUAUUGAGAUAAAUAGCUGGCGGGUUGGUUGAUGCUAGGAUGGGUGGGGUUUUGGGGGGGGGGUGGAAUUAACCAUUUUUCAUUGUUGUAUACUAGGAGAUGAACAAUUUCUAAAAUUGCUUAUGAUGUAAUAUAAAUGAAAAUUUGCACUUUGUGAAAUUUACAAUUUAAAAAGAGACGUACACUAGUUGGAUGUUGACACUCGCGCCCCCCCCCCCCCCCCCCCCAUCAGUCCCUUUCUGUUUUUCUUGACCGUCAGGCCUGAUCUAUAAGACUCAUAAGCUUAUCUGCAGUGUAAAUUGAAUCUGUACUAUUGAGCAUCGAGGUGUGUGCUUUCUCCUCAUAGCCACGUUUUUAAGAUGAGACUGAAUCCCAGCGGUGGGGUUCAGUCUCAUUACUUGUUUUUCUGGGCGUUGUGACACACUUUGGACCGAGGUGGUGUUUCCUUUAACGCCACCCACACACACACACACACACACACACAGUAGCAGCUUGCAAACAAGAUUCUGGGAAUCGUUUUUUCAUUCAUUUUCAUGUCUAGUUUUCUGCUGUUGCAGAUCAUUAUUUUGCUUUCUACCUACAUUUCCAAAAUAACAUUCCAUAUCGUUUUAGUAGGAAAACAUACAUAACGAUUGCUGAGGGGUUUUCCUUUUGCGUUCGUUUUUCAUUU